UUAAUCACUUUCGAACUUGGACGUGCAACCGUCAGAUGUUCAUAUUGAGGCAGUUGUCAGACUUGGUAUAGCCCUUGGGAAGACAAUAGGUUUACCUGACGAGGAGUGCGCAUGUCUCAUCAGGAAACUGGAACAAUCAUUACCAUGCCCAUGUAAUGAUCAUUUGUUACUUCACCAUUCAGUGGAUAGGUUUCACAGUAAUUGUUAGGUUCAUAUUUGUAAAGAGCCUAAGUAAACACCACCACAUCCAACAACAGUAAUACAAAUAGUACAACAGCUGAGACCGCCUUUCCUGCCUACUUAGGCAACUGUAUUAUACCGCAGGAUGUUUGCUGCCGUGGAACAUGGUCCUGUCAUUUGCAGUGACUCAAACAUCCUGUGCCUUUCUUGGAAAGGCAGAGUCCCCAAGAGCGAAAAGGAGAAACCGGUAUGCAGGAGACGCUACUACGAGGAAGGGUGGCUGGCCACCGGGAACGGCAGGGGUGUCGUUGGAGUGACAUUCACUUCCAGUCACUGCAGAAGAGAGAGGAAUACGCCGCAAAGGAUAAAUUUCAAUUUAAGAGGACACAAUAGUGAGGUGGUGUUGGUCCGAUGGAACGAGCCCUUUCAGAAGUUGGCAACCUGUGAUGCUGAUGGAGGGAUAUUUGUGUGGAUUCAGUAUGAGGGCAGAUGGUCAGUGGAGCUGGUGAAUGAUCGAGGAGCACAGGUGAGCGACUUUACGUGGAGCCAUGAUGGGACCCAGGCUCUUAUCUCGUACCGGGAUGGCUUUGUACUGGUUGGCUCGGUUAGUGGACAAAGACACUGGUCUUCAGAGAUCAACCUGGAUAGCCAGAUAACUUGUGGAAUAUGGACACCGGAUGACCAACAGGUGCUGUUUGGCACCGCGGAUGGCCAGGUGAUUGUGAUGGACUGCCACGGACGGAUGCUGGCUCACGUGCUCCUCCACGAGUCGGACGGCAUUGUGAGCAUGUCCUGGAACUACCCCAGCUUCCUGGUGGAGGACAGUAGCGAGAGUGACACUGACUCGGAUGACUAUUCCCCGCCACAAGAUGGUCCGACUGUCUAUCCAAUUCCAGUACAGAACAUGAAACCCCUGCUAACAGUCAGCUUUACUUCUGGUGACAUCAGUCUAAUGAACAACUAUGACGACCUGUCUCCUGCUGUUAUCCGCUCAGGACUGAAGGAUGUCGUUAUUCAGUGGUGCUCACAGGGAGAUCUUCUGGCAGUGGCAGGGAUUGAGAGGCAGGGCCUUCCAGCAGACUCCGGUUGUGGCCCCCUCUUAAGGAACGCGCUUGUUAAAUUUUACAAUGUCCGUGGAGAGCAUAUCUACACAUUGGAGACCCCAGCCCAGCGGCCCAUAACUACAAUAUGCUGGGGACACAGAGACUCGCGGCUGUUUCUGGCUUGUGGACCGGCGCUGUACGUUGUUCGGGUCGAACACAAGGUCGCCAAUCUGCAACUCCUGUGCCAGCAGGCCGCAGCUAGCGCUCUACAUGAAGAGAAAGAUAUCAGCAAGUUGACACUGCCAUCCCGCCUCUGCUCAGAUCUCACCACUGCCUUCAUACCAACAAUCAAGCCACCCAUCCCUGACACAAACAAUAUGCGAGACUUUGUGAGCUACCCGACGCCAGGGAAUGAGCGGCUGCACUGCACUAUGAAGCGCACAGAGGACAACCCCGAGGUGGGCGGCCCCUGCUACACACUCUACCUGGAGUACCUGGGCGGCCUGGUGCCCAUUCUCAAGGGAAGACGCAUCAGCAAGCUGCGCCCAGAGUUUGUCAUCAUGGAUCCCAAGACUGAUGGCAAAGCAGAUGAGGUGUAUGGAAACAGCAUGAUUUCGUCCAUGAUUGACAGCUGUAACUGUUCUGACUCCAGCGAUAUCGAGCUGAGCGAUGACUGGGUUACAAAGAAAUCGCCAAAGACAUCAAGAGGCAGCAAAUCACCCAAACUCCCCCGGAUUAAUAUUGAAGCUAGAAAAUCUCCUAAGCUUUCCCGGGCUACACAGGAAAUUUCCCGGUCACCACGGUUACCAAUCAGGAAGCCUUCUAUUGGAUCUCCCAGUCUGGCUCGCAGAGAGUUUCCUUUAGAAGAUAUUACUCAGCAUAACUAUCUUGCUCAGGUCACUUCUAAUAUCUGGGGAACAAAGUUCAAGAUUGUAGGACUUGCUUCCUUUCUACCAACUAAUCUUGGUGCAGUUAUAUACAAGACAAGCUUGCUGCAUCUUCAGCCUAGACAGAUGACUAUUUACCUGCCAGAGGUCCGUAAAGUUUCCAUGGACUACAUCAACCUUCCUGUGUUCAAUCCCAAUGUGUUCAGCGAAGAUGAGGAUGAUUUGCCAGUGACUGGAACUUCUGGAGUGCCUGAUGACAACCCCACCUGCACUGUAAACAUUCCCAUUGCUCCUAUUCACAGCUCAGCUCAGGCCAUGUCCCCAACCCAGAGCAUUGGGCUGGUUCAAUCUCUACUAGCCAAUCAGAACGUCCAACUGGAUGUCUUGACCAAUCCCACUGCCACAGCAGCAACAGCUGCUGGGGUCUCUGAUCACAAUCAGGACAGAGGGAUGGGCACUCAGUAUCAAGUGCCUAACAGGUACUCCAGCCCUGGCCAGGUGAUCUUCGGAGGGCUGGAGAUGGGACGCCUACUUGUUGGUCCUCCACCUCCCCUUCUCCAUCCCCAUCCACAACAGCAGCUGCCACCACUACAGCUGCCCAUGCCUUCUCAUCAGCCCUCCCAUCAGCCUUCUCAUCAGCCCUCCCAUCAGCCCUCUCAUCAGCCCUCCCAUCAGCCCUCCCAUCAGCCCUCUCAUCAGCCCUCCCAUCAGCCCUCCCAUCAGCCCUCUCAUCAGCCCUCCCAUCAGCCCUCCCAUCAGCCCUCCCAUCAGCCCUCUCAUCAGCCCUCCCAUCAGCCCUCUCAUCAGCCCUCUCAUCAGCCCUCUCAUCAGCCUUCUCAUCAGCCCUCCCAUCAGUCAUCAGGGCUAAUCCAUCAGCUACAAGGGGCGAUCCAGCUACCACCCUUAACUACCGAACAUGGGACAGACAGGGAUCACGAGCACCUCCAAAAGAGCAGGCCUCUCCGCUCUAUACCCCAGCUGGCUGAAGGGGAUGCUGUCGUCUUCAGUGCCCCUCUGGAAAUCCAGAUUAGCAAAAUGAACCCUCCACCGCCAUAUCCUGGCACUGUGGCAGCAGCAGCAGCAGCAGCAGCAGCUGCUGCUUCUGCUGCUGCAGCUGCCGCUGUAGCCGCAACUGUGCCCAAUAACAAUAACGCAGCCCCUCCUUCAGUGGAUCUGUGCUUCAAGAAGAAUGAAUUUUCCCUGUACCCGGCAGCCCCACAAUAUCACACUCCUCUAGGCUAUGAGAGGAUCACCACCUUCGACAGUAGCGGUAACGUAGAGGAGGUGUGCCGCCCCCGCACCAGGAUGCUGUGCAACCAGAACAUGUAUACUUUGCCCGGCCCAGGCAGCUCCGCCACGCUGAGAGUUACCUCCUCUGUUGGUAAGAAGGUGCAGGUUCCUUGUGCUGCAGCAACCCUCAACCGGCUCAAGGUGCCCCGCUACUCCAUCCCCAGCGGAGACCCACCCCCUUACCCUGAUCUAGCCAAUCAGGCUGGGUCAGGGAGGAGCCCUGGCCAACGCAUUGACAGCAGCCUCAUUCACGCCACACUCCGCCGCAACAGCAGGGAGGCAGCCCUGAAAGUUUCCCAGAUGAUGGACACACAAAGAACUCUCCCAACCAAGUCCAAGGUUAGCAGUGGUGCAGUGGCAACUUCCUACCAGCAGAGGGUGCCCACGACUUUAUACACUUGCAGCCAGUGCAGUAAUAGCAGCAGUAGCGGAAGUGCUAGUGGCACUUGUGGGGGAAACAACAGCAACGGCAUCUCAGGUGGGAGCAUCGUUCGUCAAGAUUUGCCAGGAGGGAACAGCGGCCAACACAGCACGGUUAUAGUCCAUUCCAACAGCGCCUCACCACUGGCUUCUCAGUCAUCUUACAACCUGCUUAGCCCCCCAGACAGCUGUAGGGACAGGACAGAAUACAUUAACUCUGCCUUUACAGAGGACGAGGCCCUCAGCCAGCAAUGCCAGCUGGAAAAGUCCAUCCGGCACCUGAACAUCAAUGAGGUCAGUCUGACCAUCAAGCGUCCCCCACCCUACCAGUGGGACCCCUCGACCACUGAGGAGAUCUGGGUACCCCAGGACCGAUCAGUGCUGAACGCACCCACAGGAGUUCACAAACCCUCACCUCUCAUCCUCAACCCAGCCCAACACUUGCCAUUUGUUCUUUCCCCAAAAUCCCCCACCAACCCCAAUGCUACUUUCCAGGCUGGUUACCAGAUAACCUUUCCCUUCCCACCAGGUGCAGGUUAUGGUGGACCUCAGUUGCAGGCCAUGCAACCAACUCCACAACCUUGUUCUCCCAAGGAAAUGGUGGCACCCGUCCCUUUCACUCAACAGGAGGCCACAAUGGUCUUGUCACCCAGUUACCCGCCUAACCUUUCCACCCUCGCCUGCUGUCCACUACCACCCAUGUACCCAGGUGGUAGUGCUUGUGCAGGUAUGCAGCUGCCCCCCCUUGCCUUGCACCCUUGGAACUCCUACAGCCCAUGCCCACCUAUGCAGAACCCUUCUGGAACGUUGCCUCGCCCGCCCAAGCCUCACCUGGUGGUUGAGAAGCCAGUUCUUUCCCCACUUCCCUCUGCAGAGCUCCAGAGCCACAUGGGCACCAGCGAGGCCAUGGCAGAGGCAGGGGACAACUUUCAGGAAGUCAUGUCUCUGGCAGAAAGCCCUAUCCCCCAGCGGGCAGACAAGUUUAACAAGAAGACCCGAAAGAGGCUUGACAGCCGGGCAGAGGAGGGCAAUGUACCAGCCGUCACAGAGGGCAAGGUGAAGAAGGAGGCCCGGGCCCUCAGUGACUUCAAUUCCCUCAUUUCAAGCCCCAGGCUGGGCCGGGAAAAGAAGAAGCCCAAGAGUCAGAAGGAGCAGCUUAAGUCCAAGAAACUGAACAAGACUAAUGAGUUCCAGGACAGCUCGGAGAGUGAGCCAGAGCUCUUUAUCAGUGGUGAUGAACUGAUGAACCAGAGCCAGAGCAGCAAGAAGGGCUGGAAGAGCAAGCGGAGCCUGCGCACGGCCAGUGAGCUUGAUGAGUUCAAGUGUCGCAAGGCCAGCGAAAAGGAAGACCGUGGCCUGGGCAGCCAGGGCUUUGUCUACAUCAUGGCCAACAAGCAGCCAUUGUGGAACGAGGCUACACAGGUCUACCAGCUGGACUUCGGAGGGAGGGUGACACAAGAGUCAGCAAAAAACUUCCAGAUUGAGCUGGAGGGAAGACAGGUGAUGCAGUUCGGAAGGAUUGAUGGCAAUGCCUACAUCCUAGACUUUCAGUACCCGUUCUCAGCAGUGCAGGCCUUCGCGGUGGCCCUGGCCAACGUCACCCAGCGCCUCAAGUGAAGAAUAGAGCUCAGAGAAAAGCUUUUCUUUUAAGUCUCCUGAUAAGAAUGAUAAAUAAAGUUGUUGUUCAGUGUGCAGUGUAAGCGGUUUCACCAUGACUGCAGAGUUGCAAUGCCGCUGGCUUCCAUAUGGUGGAGCCAUAUUUCUAGUACUGGCUGGAGAGAAGAGUGGAGACAGUGAUCUGGGGGAUCAUCUUCGGGGACAUGGGCUUUGCUUAAUGUGGUUGUUCUGUAAUUGUAUAUGCUGCUCUAGCUAACAGAAGCUAGUAGAAACAGUGUCCUCUUUACAGACUGCCUUAUAUCACUUUUCUUUGUUUCCUAUUAAUACUGUUUCAGUCCAGUUUUUAAACACAACAGUAAUACUUGAAAAUGAUAUCUGGAAAAGUAAAAGCUUAUCAGCUAGAAAUUACAGGUACUACCCAGCACUGAAAUAUAUAACUGUAAAAAACAAACAAACAAACAAAAAAACAUUCAUGAUAAGUUGUUGUUUUUUUUUUUUUUGUUUUUUUUUUGGCUCAGCUAUGAAUAUUUUAAACAUUUUUAGUGCCUAAUUUAGUGCAUGCUUUAAGGACUGAA